AUGGUGUGUAAUGGAGUUAUCGCUCUAGCUUGUGUGGGAGGCUACAUUGUUGCGGCAGUUCUUCUAGUUCGUUUGUACCCAUUUCGGUUAAGCAAAAGAGAAAAGAAGGAACUUUUAAAACAGCGGUUUCCAUAUUCUACAACCAAAAUAGCACAUAGAGGAGGAUGCUUGAUGGGUCCAGAGAAUACUAUGUAUGCUUUUCGUCGUGCGGUUUUUGAAUGUAAAGCUGAUGUCUUGGAAUUGGAUGUUCACCCAUCAAAGGAUGGUCAAAUUGUCGUUUGUCAUGACUCAGAUCUUACAAGAACCUGUGGUUCUUUGGUUGGUGGAAAAAAUAUUGAAGAUAUUGUAGUAGGUGAAAAUCCAAGUAUUACAUUACCUCAGUGUUUGAGAAAAAUACCUUUGCAUUUUAAAUCAUUUCAAAAAGGUGACUAUUAUGUUGCUACCGAUUCUGUACCUGUCGAUGAUACUACUAGGGUUUGUUUGCUUUCUGAAGUCUUUGACGCCUUUCCAAAUCUUCCUCUUCAUAUAGACAUAAAGUCUGAGGACGCUGAGUUUACGAGGCGCGUUUUGAAAAUGAUUGAGGAUUACCGGCGAGAAACCCGAACUUUUGUCGGUACUAGUAAUAUACGUAAUAGGAAAAACCUUUAUUCAUAUUUUAAAAGUGUUCAUUCUGGAGAUGAUGAAAUCCUUAAGGAAAAGAGAAAGAGGUUUCGUAUUUUUGCGGGACCAAUGGAUUACUUUAUCGUACAAGUGGCAUAUUUUCUUGGUAUACUUCCUCUUAUUCCUUUGGAUUUUGAUGUUUUCUCUAUUCCUUUUUUUACAAAACUAAGGAAAAAGGAACUUGGAUCUCCCUUUUUACGCUUCAUCGCCUAUUUUUUAAAUUCAACGACUCUUUGGGAUCAUCUGCAGCGUAGGGGCAUUCUCGUUAUUGGUUGGGUUUUAAACGAUUACGAGGAGUUUGAAGAGGCUUCUAACUGGGAAGUAAACGGUAUUAUGUCCGAUGAUCCCGUUGGUUUGAAGGAGUUUUUUGACUCAUGUGAUGUUUCUGCUACAAUGAACCUUUUAGAUUAG